GCAGCUCGUCGGGCUCGCCUACGUCGAAAAUACAGGCCAGGCGAGGAAGCAGGCCGUGGAGGCGGCGCGCGUAGCCCAGUUGGGAUGUUCUAUUCUGGGGACGGCCAGGGGUGCCCGCAGUGCAGCGAUACCAGCCGGAAUCUAUCCAUCCAUCCUGCCAAUGAGGGGCCUUUUCCUAUUGGUGGCCUAAAGUCAGCUGACAGAAUGGCAUACCUGCUGGGCAAUCCAAAUUGCAUGGAGAGCUUGAGGAAGGACAUCACCGAUCUACAAGGAGCCAUCAUUGAUGUCUUCUCCCGGGCUGGGGCAGUGCGUUAUCCCUCCUGGAAGUUUCCCAAUAAAAUGUCCUGUGAUCUGGAUCUGGUGGCUUUGCUGGAGCGUUAUGACUAUGUGGAGAAUGACCCUGAAUUUACCCAGCAUUCCCAUGUAAUGCUUCUUGAACUGGUGAUUGACAGGCUGCUGUUGCUGCUUCAGAGCUUCACAGGCUACAUGGAGAAUCUCAUCAGCGAACAAGCUGUGCCUCCCUCCCAGGCAGUGGGACCCUGCAUGUCCAUUGGGCUGGCUGUGAGGAAGUACUGGAACAGCACACUGAAACUGGGAGCGCUCCAGCAGCAGCUAGUGACUGAGAAGAAAUCUAACAGGAAGGACAGCUCUGCACUGAAAUCUACCCUGCAAGAUGUGAAAGCUGAGAAUGAGCAUUUGAAAAGCUGCUCACAUGUGAUUUCAGAAUCAGGUGCAUCAUUAGCCAGUGCCCAGUCAGCCAUCUCAUGUCUACCACAAACCACCCAUGGGCCAGACUGUGAUUUCUCAGACAUCUCACAGCCACGUUCUGCAUAUGGUGUAACCAAGAAUGUUUGUAGUGUCCAUUCUCAGACAAUUGAGUCAUCUCUGGUGCCCUGUGAUGCAUGUGCAAGUGGCCAGGCCAGCCUCUGGGAGGUCGGUAAAGCCAUCAUCAGCAUCUGCCACAGCCAGAACAUCCCUUCAUCCCUGGGUAAAUUCCAAGAGAUGGUUGAGGAGACCCUAGGCAACAAGCCACUCACCGCUAUGGACAUGAGUUUCUGGGCAUCAGAACAGAGCAAAGACCUCUCCCGUAUCAACAAACAUCUUGGGGUGCUGAUGCAGCUGAUAAACCCUUUGAAGGCAGAGCUGGAAGAAUCUGAGAAACAGAAGGAUGAACUGAGGAAGCAGGUUGAGGACUUUGACAAGCUUUUUCAGAAAGAGAAUGAGACCCAGGAACGGCAGAGGAAGGAGGCUGAGCAGUACCUGGAGGAAAAGAUCAAAGAGAAUUUGCAGAUCACAGCCAAACUGGAGAAGGACAAGGAAGAUCUCCAGACGGACAGGAGCUGUUAACCAGAACUGUAGAGAAAGCUAAUGGUCUUCUCUGGCUCGUUGUAUGCUGGCCUCUUCGCCCAGCUUUACUAGUGUCCCCCAGGCACACCCAACAGCAGCCCUUCUUGCUGUACACUUGGCCCUCUCCACUCAUCGUUACUUAGCUUGUAAAUCUUGGGGCAGAGAUCCCCUCCCCUUGUUGGGACAGCGCAGAUCAGGACAGUGCUACACCAAUACAGAUAAAUACGAAUGCUAGAUUUGGCCAGACUGAGGCCCCCCCAGUAAUUGCACAUAGGACAGUCACCCCUCUCACUUAAGCCCUCCCACUUUUCAACUCAAACCUGAGCCCUACUCUUGGGAAAGGCUGCUGCAAACAGAUGAUGGAGUUGCAUGUUAGUCAAGCCUAGUGAUUAAGGGUUCCUUAGCUCUAUUACCAGGGCAGACGAAUAUUAAUUUAAGAUAUUUUCUAGCAAGUGCUUCUGCUUCUAUGCCGCUCUCCGAGCCUGUGCCAUCCCUUGGGCCACAGUUGCAUCAUGUGCUGUGUAGACUGCAAGGAAGGGUUGGUUUAACAUUCUCCUUGUUAAGAGCAAGCAAUAGGCUGAAGGCAUGAGACUCGGCGGGCCUGACUCACCAUUGGCUUGCACCUUACGCUGUCACUUUCACCAAUGCCAAGUGCUACCAGAUGGGGAGCAUUUCACACCCAUUUGCACUGGAUAAGGAACAAGGCAAUGGGGAGGUAGGUGCAGCAUGUUUGAAGAGGUGACAAGCUCUGCAAUGGUAGCCUCCAUGUCAGGACCCUGCUCCUAGCGCACUGCUGCUGGGAGAUGCCCACAGCUGCUAAGAAUGAAGUCCUAGCUGAAAGAAAAGCUUGGGCCUUUUGGAGCCUCUUCCUGGAGGUGAGCCCAGCACUACAACAGUGGGGAGGCUGUGGGGUCCGGUCAUGGGCCACAACAGUCAGGCUCAGGGCUUGUUGAAAGGAACAUGAAGCUCAUGCCUGUACUUCAGCAGCUACAGCUACACCAUGGCAGCUGUGCCACUGUAGCGUAGAAGCUUCCUACGUCGACAGGUUUUCUGUUGAUGUAGUUAAGCCACCUCUCCGAGAGGUGGGAGCUAGGUCGACGGAAGGAUUUUUCCACUGACCCAGCUGUAUUGGCCUAAUUUUGUGUGGAGUCCAAAAUUUUUCACAGCCCUGAGUGCUUUAGCUAGGUCUAUCUAAUUUUUAGGUUUAGACCAGCCAAAGUUCACAGAAAGUCAGAGUGUGAAUCUACCUCACCUAGCCUGCUGCGCACAAACUCCAUAGCUCAUUUUGAUCUCCCUUGCAUGGAAACAGGAUGAAUCAGAGCUCUCUGUGGAAGAGUUAGUUCACAGCAGCAGAGUCCACAGGGGUGCUCAGUGCAUGGUGGACUAAUGCAGGGGAGAUUGACACUGGGUUUGUUGCAAACUUGGUUUAUGUAGACAAGAAUAACAGUAAAGGUCUGUUCUUGAGACCAGUUUCCAUCUUGUGUCCAGACAGCAUCUGUUGCACUGGUCCCACCCUGCUGGGGUGACCCAGCAGAAUUAGCCCUACGUCUCUGGACCAGUGGAGCGUGGGCCUUGGACUGGCCCUCUACACAGGGCCAAGUUUCAGUCAUCUUGUCAGUGCAAGGCCCUUUCCACAAUGGCUCAGCCCAUUCUGGUCAUCAAACAGGAGCAUCCAAAGCCAUGGCCUCCAGCUGGGAGAAGGCUAAGCCCAGAAUGGAGUGGUUUCUUGCCAGAGAGAUGGUAGGAGAGACUUUCCCCACACCCUGGAGCUCCUUGGGACCAGAGCAAGGAAAGCACUUGACACUAGAUAACACAGGCACCCACAAACACUGGAGGCUGUUGAGGCCUAGAUGUUACCCAUCCAGUUCUGAGUCAGUCCCUGACAGACAUCAGCCAUGAUAGCGCCAUGAACGAGGUGCACAAUGCGGAGGAAUGUUCUUUCUGAUGCAUCCCAGCCAUGGCUUCCUGCAGAUGCAGGGGGAGCUCCCAGCAUCAAGCUGUGACCAGAGAGGUUCUAACCCUGAAUUCUCCUCU